GUAUAAAUGAGCCUUGUCACAUUAGAUCCUCAGAAAGAGUUUUCAUUCGAAGUAACCAAUCCAUCCUCAGCAAAGACAACAUUUAAAAUUACUAGCAACUGAGAGGACAACUUAGCAUUUAAAAUCAAGACUACUGCUCCAAAGUAUUAUGUAGUGAAACCAAAUACGGGGAUAAUAAAAAGUGGAAAGAAGGUGGAGGUAUCCAUUAACCUCCAGCCCAUCCCAUCUAGUGUAAAAGAUCAUAAAUUCAUGCUCCAAGUUGCCAGGACCUCCUUAGUUCCAGAAGGCCUUGCUGCUGAUGACCUGAACCAGUUCUGGAAGAACGUUAAAAGUCUUGACUCUAGCGCUAGAGAAGAUCAUAAGCUAAAAGUUGUGCUGAUCUCCUCCAAUGUCGUCUCAAGCGCUGUAGUAGAAGAGAGUAAAACGAUCGAAUCCUUCAACAAAGAAGAGCUUGGAGAUGAUCCCAAUUCUACAGAAAUCCAAGUAGAGACUAUAAUCGAAGAAAUCAAAGAAGUAGAUGACGACUUGAAAUCAGAAUACGUGGGAAAAAUCUCUCAGAUGGAGCAAAAAUACUCCGAUCUCCAAAAAGAAAUUGAAGGUAAAGAGAAAGAACUCAAAGAACUAAAAGAAAAAGAGAGUCAAGAUGACAAUAAAGCAUUUGGAAGAAGGUCAGCAGCCUCAGAGUUUAGAAGAAGAGCAAAUGCAGUUAAGAAACCAGAGAAUCCCUUCCAUAUGAUGCAUUUGCUGAUAGCUAUUUUUGCAGGACUUGGGCUGGGUAUAUUGAUUCCAAACUUGCUAUAAAAACUAAAAUUACUAAGCAGGACAAUUCAGAAAAUUC